UUGAACAAGUUGAAUCUGUGUGCCGAGAAAUUCAGAUACUUAUUUUAUUUUUUUUCAAUUUCGGGACAAGUACUGAUGUCUUGGUUCAGUUUUAUCAAUCAAAGUUGGGACAUUUUCAGCUUGGCUGUGCGCCACCAGUGCAUUAAUUGGACCGUAACGCGAGUGUGCCUUCGUUGCGCGCUUUGUCGUUCUGGGUCAAGCCUGCGCUAACAGAACCGUCAGGUAGAACAGCCUAUAGUCGGUGGUCGAAAACAAUCUUAUACAUAUAUUAUCCCAGGUAUGCCAUAAUUCCAAUGGUACAUGGUAGCCUUGGCAAUCAUUUAAAAAAUACAAAAAAAUAAAAUAUAUAAAUUAUAAAAUAAAAAACAAAAACAUUUCCGCAAGCUGAUAAAAUAUAAAGGAGUCGAAAAAAUUAGAUAUAAACAUCCUCAAAGUCGUGAGAAAUGUAUUGAUUAAUAACUUUUAUUGAAAACGGUACAGUAGUUUUUGAAUCUAUCAACAUAUAUUACAGAUGGCCCUAAUAUCAAUUUUAGAUUCUGAGCGAAGCGAUGAAUGUAUUGACUUUAUAAUAAAGUGUGUUUUUUGUUUUAUUUUUUUUUUUCUGUGUCUGCCUUUUAGGACAGUAAGAAUGCUUGGAUUUUCUUCAACAGUCACUUUUCUGAUAGGAAAAUGAAUCUAGUUGAUACUCUGGUUGGUCUUGACAAAAUAUGGAAAAAUCACGAAAAUUAGCAAAUUUUUUUGAGUUGAGAAUUCAUAAAAAUAUUAAGAUUUAAUUAAAAAUUAAGUUUUUUUUACUUUCAUAAAUAUCUAAUAAGAAAAUAUGUUAAGAAAUGAAUAAAUAAUAAAAAUAAACGUUAAAAAAAAUUUGAACUUUGACUCCUAAUUUAGUUUUAGAAUUGAAGUGGUACGCGAACUGAUUAUAAAAUUAUCUGGUGGUACUCGAUGAUAAAAAGGUUGGGAACCCCUGCAUUACGGUGACCUACAAGUCACCUUCUACAGAGCAGAGUGACAUCUACUUAUCCACCUUUUUAUAUAUGUAGAUAAAAGAGUAUUGUAUACACGUGUAGUGUAAGUGGCUGUAAAUUAUAAAAAAAACAGAAAAUUAAAAAAUAUUGUUUAGAACAAAAGUUGUUUCAUUUGUCGGCACUUCCUGUAAUACCCUGUAUAUUUUAUAGACAAGAGUAUUUUGUUUGAAAUCAAGAAAACGUUCGACUUCGGCUAACGAUUUUUAUUGUAUACAAUUUUUUUAGUCCAAUCCAUUGACAUAAAUACGUAAUAUAAUUUAUUUUUAUUAUGUCCAUGGUAAAUCCGGAACUAAAGGCCUUUUCUGUCAGCGAACGUCCGAUGUUCAUGCUUUACUAUAUAAUAUUGUUUUCGGCCGCCGACUAUAGGGGUUGCCACCUGACGGUACUAUCAUCGCAGGUGCGACAUAGACCUAUAAAAUAAUGGACAUCGCAUAGAGAGAGAAAUCACCAGACGGGAUUGUUGAGAGAGAAAGAGAGGUUUGGCCGUAAAGUGUGCCAAAACAUGUUUUUUCUCUCUCAUGUGCUUAUUUGUUUUUUUUCUCUCUCAGUUAUGCCGUCUGAAUUCACAAUGGAAGGCGGUGUGGGAAGCACUGUCCGUCAGUUUAUAGGUCUAUGGGACUAAUCGCGACCAACCACUACCAAUAACUAGAGCCCGCAACGACGGCCCACUCGCGGUACGGUCCAGGUUGUGGCUCGGUGGCCUGGUGGCCCGGUGGCCCAGCUGAAAAUGGCCCAACUUUGGUUGGUAAAACUGAAUCAGGGUAUCUCGCAAUUGUGCCACGAUUUAAAAAAUUGUGUAUUUGAAUUUUCUCGACACACUGAUUCAACUCUUUCAGUUCAUUUUUCGAAAAUUCAUGGAGCAAAAAAUUAAAUUAUGCCAGUGAUCUAGCAGUGACAGUAAUGUGAAAAAACCAUAGACCGAUAAACUAAUGGACAGCGCAUUCCACUCCGCCCUGCCAUCAAUGCACGGGAAUCAUAUAAGAGAAAGAAAGAAGAAAGGACGAAGAGAGAAAAGAGAGAAAGAACAUAAAGGGGGUAAUUAUUGACGUAUGAAACUAAUACUAUAUUUCCCCCACGUUCUCUUUUCUCUUUUACUCUAUAUCGUACCCCUGACCUCUCUCUCUAAGCGCUGUCCAUUAGUUUAUAGGUUUAUGGAAAAAACAUUGUAAAUCAUUUACAGUGAUGCACGCCUAUGAUGCCCACGUUGCCACUCACUCGGACAAAAAAAAAUGAAAAUAUCCCUCGACUUGUUAUGCAACACCACCUCAGGUAGGUCAAAGGGUAACCGCCGUAUAACCGCUAAUAUAUUCCUCCAUGAAAUUUUAAGACAAGAGGUCACCGCCUAAAGUACGAUGAUGCCACGUUGGUGAGGGUCUAUACUCCACGCCAAAGUGAUGGGUAGAUAUCAUGAUUUUAUUUUUUUUCCUCCAUGGAUUUUCGGGACAAGUACCCCUAUCCUGGUGCGUCGUACUAAGACUCUACACAUUAUAAUAGGUAUGCUCUGCCACUCAUUUAUUAUCGACAAAAUAAAGUGGGAAAAUUCAUAUUCACAUAACAUUAUUAUUCGCAAAAUGGCGGCGUAGCAUACCUACUAUAGUCGUACGUGUUCGUGUCAUAGAUUAAAGAAUAGUAUGGUUGCAUGUAUAUUGUAUGUAUGUGUUAAACUCUUUUUGGAAACACACUAACGCAGUACGUUUAAAACCGACCUAUUUCUAUGUCUUUGCGGGUCUUGUACGAAUCAUUGUAAUAUCUACAAUAAACGUUUAACAAGCUACAACGAUGGAAAACCAGUCGAUUGAUGAAGCGGCUAUUGUAAGUCCGCCGAUAGAAGUUCUGCCUGGUUAUGUGGCACAACAGCCUCCACCACACAAUAACCAAAUACAUUUGCAGACGGAUUUCACGACUCCGCCACCAACACAUUCCUAUGGGAUCUGGCUACAAGCUUAUCCCAAUUCAUGGCAAACACAAUUCGGUAUGGUCAGUCCUGUGCCACACGCCAACAGUACCGUUACAGACACUACAGCAUGUAAUAACAAUCCUCCCGCGUUCAGUUCAUCUAGUAACAGUACUACUUAUAGUACUUAUAGAUUACCUUUGGCACGCUGGGGGUCGUUCAACAACAGUGCACGUCAACGGCCUUAUCAGUAUGGGAAUACUCCAAGCAACAAUUAUCCAAGACAGUUCCCUCAAAAUGCCACUGGGAAUUCCUUUGCUAAUUCUUCACAAAAUCCACAAACACCAUCAUCAUCGUCUACACAAAAUUGGCCUCAAUUUAAUCAAAGACCUCGGUUUAUACCAAGACAACAUAUGCGUAUGAACAGGCCUCACAGUUCCGUUCAAAAUCAAUCAAAUGGAACUAAUCAGGAAACAAAUGCUGUAACUGAAUGCAAAAAACGGAAGCGCAGAUUAAAAUCACAACAAUCUGGAGCACCACAGCGUGCUCAAAAACUAUGGAAUCGCGAAGAUGCUGUAAAAGCAAUCGCCGCCGAGAUGGAACUUCGUACACCUAGAACCAAUCAACAAAUCAUGAUCAGAUUUCCAGAUCAUGAAAUUACGCGGGAAAUUGUUCAGAAUUUUCAUACUGACAUUAAAUCUGUACAUUUCCAUGCACCAUGUAAUCCGAGGUAUUGUUAUGUGCAAGUACAACCAAGUGCAAAUAUUGAAAAUGUUGCAAAUGCGCUAAAUGAAACAUUUUUCCAACAUGAAAAAUUGAAGAUAGAAAUCAAAGAAAGUCAGCCUGAAGAAAAGAUAUUACCGGAGUGCAUUGAUCCAUAUACAUUAUAUGUUGGAAAUUUGCCAGCAAAUAUCACAUCUAAUGCUGUUAAAGAUGAGUUUCCAAAAGCCAUUCGAGUUGACAUUGGGUUUGGUAAAAAAAUGAAGAACACAAGAUAUGCAUUUCUUAAAUUUUCUAAUGCUGAAGAUGCGAUACAAGCGUAUAAAGAAAAAUAUAAUUUGGUUAUCGAUAGUCGAUCGGUUGUGUUAAGAUUUAGACGUAAACAAAAUGGAAAUCCACCUGUACAGGUUGAUAAAUUACCAAAUGAGAAGAAUGAAUUUGACAUACAAAGUUUACCAAAAAAAAUCAAGAAAGAACCUAUAGAAAAAAAUAUUGAUGAAUAUGAACCUGAUUCAAUUAAUGCAUCGAGAGUAGUUAAGUCUGAAAUUAUAGAAGAGGAUGAAUAUGAACCUGAUUCUGAAUAUGAAUCUAUGCCAUAUACAGAUGAUAUUAAUAUAAAAUCUGAGUGUCCAGAUUAUGAAGAUGAUUAUGAUGAACAAUAUUAUGAAGAGGAAGAUACAGAUAUAUCUUAUGCUUUCCAAAGAAAUGAAACGGGAGUUGAGGAUAAAAAUAUUAAUAAAAAACCUGAUGACGAAGAUGAGUUUGAAAUGCCAUAUUCAUUUAUACCAAAAAAAAAAGUACAAUCAGAAAAUAACAAAGACAUUACUUUGCCUAAAACUGGUGAAAUCAAUGAUGACGGAAGCGACAAAGAAGAUCAAAGAUGGAACAAUUUAUCAGAUGAUGAUACUGAUGAUGAUGGUGGUGCUAAAUACAAUUGGGGAGGAUUGUAUGAGCAUAACAGAAUCUGAGAUUCAAACGAAAGGUGUCAAUCAGCAUGGUCAGAAAUAUGAGGAAGAAGAAAUACAAAAUCAAGUUGAUAGUAGUAUAUAAUUAUAGUUUUAAGAUAGCUCAUGGGAUAUCAUACUGAUACCCUACUGUCAUCAGCCCUUAGUAGAGUCAUACUGUCAUCAUGUACGAUUAAAAUAUAAAUUAUAUAUUAUACAUUACAUAUGUAAUUUAAAAAUAAUGCAUUAGUUAAAAUGAAAUGUUUGUGAAGCCCAACUUAUAUUAUAUCAUAGAUUAGGUUUAAUAUUUUAAUCUUCUAAAAAGAAAUUUGAAACCAAAUCAAUACAACAAAUAUAAGGAAUUCUUGUAUUGGAUAAAAUAUUUCUUAGAAAGAGUAUCAGUGUAAAUACUAAAACAUUGAACUAGCAUGGAUUGGAAGAUUUUGUUGAAGGUUUAGAUAUAGAAAGACGAGCUUCAGAAAAACUAUGAAGGAUUUACAGAUUUACAGGAUUUACUUUUUACAGUCGUGUACAUUUUAAUUUAAAAUGUUAUAAAACAGUUACUGUUUAUUGUUCAAUGUUUCAAGCCGUUCAAGGUAUAUACAAUAAUAAUUUUGAACUACAAAACUAGAUUGCACUAGGUGGUAUAAGAAAGAGCAUACACCUAUAAUAAACUAAUGGACAGCGCAUAGAGAGAGAGAGAGAGAGGUCAGGGGUACGAUAUAGAGUAAAAGAGAAAAGAGAACGUGGGGGAAAUACAGUAUUAGUUAGCAUCAUAGACCUAUAAACUAAUGGACAGCGCUUAGAGAGAGAGGUCAGGGGUACAAAAAGAGAAAAGAGAACGUAGGGGAAAUACAGUAUACGUCUAUGAUUACCCCCUUUAUGUUCUUUCUCUCUUUUCCCUCUUCCUUCUUA